GCACAACUGCUUCCGGGGUCUAGCUCAUGGACUGGUUGUGGAAAGACAGAGCGCGCGAAGUUUCUGGUCUGAAUUUGGCCCUGAAACAGUGAGGUUAUAAUUCUUCAGCCAGAAAUGACACCUUCAAAAGAUGGCCAAGGACCUAGUCUUAUUGAUCGCACUAUAAAAAUGAGGAAAGAGGAAAAGGCAAGAAAGGUGGUCUUUGCGUGGGCAGUCCUGAACUUCUCUCUGGCAGGCAUGAUUUAUUCUGAAAUGACUGGAAAACUCUUGAGCAAGUACUGUAAUAUUAAUUACUGGCCUCUCUGGUACAUUGAGCUCAUUCUUGGAUUACUGUUCCUCCUAAAUGCUGUAUUUGAUUUCUGGAGGUACUUCAAGUAUACAUUUGCUCCUUCCAGUGUUGUUGUCAGUUCUGAACAACAUAAACUUUUGGGCCUUAAGAAUUCUGGUAUCCAAGCAUCCCAUCCUUUAAAGCAAGAAAAAGCAGAAAUACCUGUGCCUUCACAGACCUCUCCUGUUCAAGGUCAAAGUGUCUUGACUUAUAGCCCCUCACGUCCAGCAAGCACAAGCCCUAAGUUCUCACCAGGCUGCAUAACAGGAUAUAGUCCUUCAUUACAAACACCUUCACCUGCUGGCAGUGGCUCCUUCAGUCCUUCAGUUGGAUAUGCAGCUAGCACCAGUUUUAGCAAGGUUUCAGGCUAUAGUCCAACAUCAGGGUCACCUCCCUAUGCUAAUAGCAUCAGUCCUGCUGAAGGUCCAAGUCUGAGGGCUCGGUACCGCACUUCACCUUCUGUAUUUAAUUCUCCUGGGGGCAAAGAGGACUACAUGACAGAUUCCAGGUCUUUGGAGAUGUUUCUUAACUCUGAAGAAGAAAAAAGACAUCGAAGCCACCUUGGUAGCCCUGAAUCAGUUUCUCCUUCUAACAGUCCUACAUUCUGGAAUUACAACCGCUCAGUUGGAGAUUACACUCAGACGUUGAGGAAAUUUCAGUAUCAGCUAGCUAGUAGGUCCCCGGCCCCAUCUGCACACAAAGAUGAAACUGAUCUUGGGUCUAAACAGGCUGCUGAAGAGGUUUGGGCAAGAGUGACACAGAACCGCUUGUUGUUGGACCACAUAGAUUCAUGGACAGCCAAGCUUCGAAAUUGGAUAAAUGAAACAAUUCUUGUUCCAUUGGUUAAAGAAAUUGACUCUGUUAAUACCCUGCUUCGGAGAAUUGGAUGUCCUGAAUUACAGACAGGAGAGGCAAGCAUCAGCAGUCUUAAACAAGCAGCUGUUGUCAAAGCUUCAUUGAUUCCAACACUGAAUGCUAUUGUUCAGUAUUUGGACAUCACCCCAAACCAAGAGUAUCUGGUAGAUAGAAUCAAAGAACUUGCACAUGGAGGGUGUAUGAGUUCCUUCAGGUGGAACAGAGGAGGUGAUUUGAAGGGCAGAAAGUGGGAUAAUGACCUUCCAACAGAUUCUGCAAUAAUAAUGCAUGUCUUUUGCACAUAUUUGGACUCUAGACUUCCUCCACAUCCCAAAUACCCAGAUGGAAAAACAUUUACUUCUCAACAUUUUGUUCAGAUGCCGGAUAAACCAGAUCUGUCAAAUGAAAACCUGUUUUGCAUCCAUCAGACAAGCUCUAGCCCACCUCACUAUCAGCUGAUAUACCAAGGACACAUAUAUAAUCUUCCCAAGGGUAGAAAUAAUAUGUUCCAUACAGUACUUAUGUUCUUAUUUAUAAUUAAAACCAAGGAAUCUGGCAUGCUAGGACGAGUGAACCUUGGCUUAUCUGGAGUAAAUAUUUUGUGGAUAUUUGAUUGAAGUUUGCUGAAUCUGUUGACCCAGGGACAUUGAGCAACACCUUUUAUUCAAAUAAACUAAUGUACACAAAGCUAUCAAGUUAAAUGGAAAUGUUUACGGUCUGUUUGGUGUCUAUUUAAGAUGCAAUGAAACUCAAUAUUAGAUAUUUUAAGGACACCAGGAACACUAGUAACUGAAACCUGCACAUUGAAGACUUGCUAUAUGUUAGUUCAGUAAAUAACAGUCCUAACUUGACAUUAUAUAUUCAUUGGUGAUAUCAUGUUAAAACCUUAUAAAUGGACAAUUUACAGACAUUUUAAAGACUACUUUUUCUUUCUCAAAUGAGUUACUUCCAUUAUUUUUAUUUAUUUUUUUUACUGUUUACCUUUUAACAUGAGUUCAUAACCAUCUUGAGACACAUUCAUAUAUAAAGACCACAUGUGUAUGGUAGGAAAAUUAAGAGAAGGUGGUAUCCGUCCUUCAAGUGUUUUGAGAAUUUUAAAGAUAUUGUGGUUUUUUGUCCUUCAAGAAUUUUGAUAAUUGUAAAGAAUAUAUUGGUGGAGAAGCUAUUAUGCAGGUUGGGUGAUGCAUAUAGUAGGACAUAAUUAUAAAUGCUGGUUUUUGCAAAUGUGAAAUAUGUAAAUGCAUUUUAAUUAAAUAAAUGCUCUUAUUUUUUGCUUUUAUGUGA